UUGCAGCACUGACAAUAUGAUUCUUCUGUAUGGAAAGGGACAACGAUACACCAUGGAUUUUCAGUUAUAUAACCACAAGAUUAUAGCAUCGCGGAUUGCCAAAGAAUUGGGGGGUGCAGAUGUUGCAAAGAAGUACCUUGGCCAAUGCAUAUAUGCUGUUGAAACGGGUUACAAUGACUAUCUCAACAACUAUUAUGGCGAAGGCUACAAUACCAGCAACAUCUACACUCCUGAACAAUUUUCACAACUUCUUGUUCAAACUUAUGAAAUUCAACUAGAGAGAUUGUACAACGAAGGAGCAAGAAAGGUAGCCGUGUUUGGACUUAUUCGGAUAGGCUGUAUGCCAGCAUACAAACAAAUAUUUGGCGCUAAUGAAUCUUCAUGUGUAGACAAACUCAACCAUGCUGCUCAACUUUUCAACAACGAGCUUCAGAAAGCUCUCCCGAAGCUUAAUGCCAACCUUCCCGGAGCUAAAUUUACUUACAUAAACUCUUACGAAAUUGAUUCUGAAAAUUAUACAGAUUUAGGUUUCAAAUUUACCAAUAAGAGCUGUUGUGACGUUCCUUCUGAUCAAAUACCAUGUGCAGCUCUUACUUAUCCAUGCCUCAACAGGGAUGAGCAUGUGUACUGGGACGGAGCCCACUAUACUGAAGCUAGAGCUAGGAUCUUUGCGAAAAGGGCAUAUAAACGUCAAUUUCCUGUUGAUGCAUAUCCAUAUGAUAUCAGUGAAUUAGCUAAGGUCCCAAAUGAUGAAGCCGAUGGUUGCAGUACGUGUGGCAGUAAAAUAUUAUGAUUAAGACUGGUGGUUGGCUUAGGGUAGCACUACCAGGGCUAGCUUUCGUAUAAUUAUAUAGAAGAUAUCUACCAUUCAAAUGGUUCUUUUUUUUAAUGAUUUUCGUAGAAGACUGGUUGACAAUAGCUGUCAACGAUUAUUGACAAUGUUUCUGUCACCUAAGAUAUCAGCAUUGUAUUCUAAGAUUGCAAAAAACCCUAGCCACUGAAUAAAACAUCCCAUUCAUAUAA